CGCGGCGCGGGGCGCGCGGGACGCGGCCGGCCGCUCGCUGGCCCACUACCGCGCCGAGCGCACUCUGCUCGCGCUGCCCGCUCCGGCCGACAUGCCCGCCCGACCCAACCCGCCCGGGUUGGUAAUAAAGCGGCACAACAUUCGGAUAUGGUGCCACGAGUGUGACAUGGGGCGCCUGCAGCGCGUGGUGUGGGAGGGCCAGGGCUCCCGGCUGCUCAGCGAGGUGUCCAGCCAGCCGGUCGUCAAGCGCUUCCUGGAGGCAGUGCCUUACAUCAUGAAUACGAUCCGCGACAUCCACAGUGCUGUAAUACAGAACGACUUGGAGGGGAUCAUGAGGCUGACGAGCGACCCCAUACCACCGCAGGCGCUGUCCAGCAGGGAUGCUAACAACAUGACCGCUAUGCACAAAGCUGCCGGCCUAGGUCACAAUGGUAUCUUGAAGUAUAUAAUAGAGAGGUACCCCCAAGGAAUCAACGACGUAGACAACGAGGGCCGCACGCCUCUACAUUACGCUGCGGUCGUGAAAGACGAUCAGCACACUUAUAAUACUCUUACAAGCGCCGGAGCAGAUGAAAGUGCUGUGGAUAACAAAAAUAGAACACCAGCUUAUUAUAUCAAUAGGACACAAGAUAUUGAUAAGAACCUGUUUAAAAUAUUACCUGAAGCACCUAGAACGCCCUCUAGCACAUAUCCAGCUUCUUGGGAUUGGAAAAUAUUAGAUACUGAAUUCGUCGGAGAAGUAAGCACUAAAAAAACUAAAAAAAAAAAUUUAAAGGCUUCAAACGAAAACAUUUCAUCAAAAAAUAAUACAAGUACAAUAACAGAUAGCACUGAAGCUAAUAACAUUGCAUCCUUGAAAAAUAGUAGCACGCAUGAAUUAAUUAGUGAUUUACCAGAUUUAAACGAUAGUGAAAAACCAAUAGCAAAUAGUAACAAUCCGAUCGAAGAUCACACACAAGACAUUAAGGUUACAACUGAAAUCGAAAAUCCUUUAGAAGAAAACGAUGAAGAAGAGGAAACUAGUACUUCAAAAGAUAAAAAAACAGUUGAAGAAAUUGAAAAUGUGUCUGGUGAUAAUAAUGAAAUAGAAAAUGUUUCAGAAAUUAUUAAUGAAACUGAAAAUGAAAAGGAAAAUGAAGAGAAAAAUGAAAAGGAAAAUGAAAGUAAUGCUUAUUUACGAGAACAUGAAAACAACAAUGACAAUGAUCAGGAAGAAUCAAUUGAAAACAAUACCAAAAUUGAUUCAAAUGAAAAUGUUGAAGAAACUGCACAAGAUCAGGAUAUAAGUAAAGGAGAAAUUGUAGAUGACAAAAAUGAAGACGUAGAACUUCCAGCCGAAUUGAACAAUGAAAAGGUAAAACCUAACGAAACAAUAAACAAUUUACACAAUGAAAACAUUGAUCAUAAAGAAAACCAUAAUGGAAGUGCUCAUAAUAGUCCACAAAAAAUGACAGAAGAAAAUAAAUCAAUAGAGGAUGAUUCAAAUGAACACACUAUAGAAAGUAAUUACAAUAAUCACGAUGACAAUAUUACCAAAAAAGUAAAUGGUCAUGAAGAUAAACAGGAUCAUACUAAUUUAAACGACCGUGACAAUAUUUCAAAUACAGAUGAAACUGUUGAAAAUCCAAAGCAAGAAGGGGAAGAUGUAUGUGAAGGAACCUUCAACGGCCGAAAUAAUCAAGAAAAUCUUAUAGAAGGUAUUAUCAGAAUUGAUGCUGAACAAGAAACUCAAGACGCUAGUAUAACUCAAAGAGACAACUCAGUUCACAGCAACAAUGUUGUAGAUAAUGAAAUCGAUCCAGAAGUUACUGACUUAAUAAAUACAGGAAAUAUGGAAAUGUUAGCUACUUUAGUAUUAAAUGGAGAAGGAUCUAGAUUGAUCGGCAGGCGGUCUGGAAAUGUGGAGUUACAAGCUUUUUUAGAUAAUGUACCAAAUUACAUGGAAAAAAUAAAUAGAGUUCACAUAGCAGCAAGAGAUGGUAACAUUAGAGAUUUGCAAGCAGCCUUAGACCGUAGAAAAUUUGCGAUUGCUCGAGAUCCUAUUUCAGCUAAUGGCGCUACUCCUUUACAUGUAGCCACAAUUCAUGGAAAAACGAAUAUUAUUAAAUAUUUAGGAGGAAGAUUUCCUGAAACUUUGUCUGCUGUAGACUUUGAAGGACGAACAGCUUUACAUUAUGCCGCAGUGUUACCAGACAACGGUCACUAUUACAACAUACUGCAGCAAUUGGGUGCUAAUUCUAAAGAUUUAGAUGAUAUUGGUCGUUCUGCUGAAGAUUAUUAUCGAAAUCCAACUCUAUUACCGUUUAGACUAUUGUCAUCAGAUUUCGGGAUUAGUGAAGAAAAAUCUCAGACCAUGUUUUCUGAUCAAGUUUCAGGUAUAAACCACGUCACUAACGGCCAUAUGGACAUUCCCAUCUUUCACACCGAAGAAGGCAGAUACCUCGCUAAGUCACUCGGCGAUCCUUUGAUCAAAGGUCUGACCGAAGUGGCUAACGUCAAACCAAAGGAUCCGGUUGCUUUUCUCGCGACGUUUCUUCACAAUUUUCCCGAUCAGGAAAAGCCUCGAUUGGGAACACAGGAAACAAAUAUAAUAGUGACAAAGGGGACACCUGAAGUGGAAAAUGAUCAACUACCCUUAGAUCUUCAAAAUGACGAAGAUAUACCAAUGGAAGAUACGAUAGAACAUAGAGCUCGGACAGCCGCGCGUACAGCUACACGGCAACAUCGACCAAUUGAAGUAAUUGCAGUGGAACCGAAUGGAGAUACCAGCCCAGAUGCACCGGAAUUGGCUACUAGUAGCGCUAAUAGGGACGAACACGGACAGUCCAUGCUACACUUCGCAGCAGCAAGAACACACACGAACAAUGCAUUGUUCCAACUGUUACAAGAGUCGGACGUGAGCCUCGGGUACAGAGACGAGCUGUACCGCACUGCUCGUGAUGUCUCCAUACAAGCCAAUGUUCUGGAAAAUACAACUGAAAUUGACCGAUGGGUUUUGCAUCUAGCUGCUAGAGGGAAAACUGAUAAGGUAAUGGAAUUGCUACUUCAAGGAUAUGAUCAUAUUCUGGAUAUAGUAGACGAAGAAGGCCUCCCGAUAUCUGAAGUGGUGUCAAAACGCGGCGACCACGAGAUGAACAACUUACUCGCUUCAAUACCGUCAUUUGAGGAGUCAAGGGAGACCCUGCACGGUGCAAUCCGGAGAGGGGACUUACUCGUUGUGCAGGAAAUGAUCAAAGCUGAGGGUGGACGUACACUUGCCAGAGCACAGAACACCUUUGGCAGAAAUUCCCUCCACAUCGCAGUACUGGCCCAACACGAGGAAAUCGUUGCUUACUUGUCUGAAAACUGCCCUGACCUACUGCGACUCGGGGAUAAUCUGGAACGAACUCCGCUGCAUUACGCGAUGGGCGUCAACAAAAUGGAAACCUUAAGUCACUUGCUGAUCCAAGCAGGUGCCAAGCGAGUGCUUAAAGACCUCAAAGGCCGUCAACCAUCAUACUAUUUCAUGAAUAAAUCCGAUAUACUGCGUCUCAAGGAAGAAGAGGAAGCUUAUUAGUGAAUGUUGUAAUGUAAAUAUUUCGCACAGGCCACGUAAAAUUAGUUUUAUACUUAAGUACGAUCUGAGAAGUAGAUACUUUAGAAGAUAACAAAAUAUGUGACAAUGUCUCUUGCUUAGUUCAGCCAUUUCAUUUGACGAAGUUUGAAAGUAAUGAAUGACAUUAUUCUGUACACUUUAGAAUGAACGCACACCAAAAGUCGCGUAAGUUUUAGUCACCCAGUGCAAAAAAGAAAUAUAAACGAUCUAGAACUUCAGCGCAGUUUAAAAAAAAUCCUAUAUUAGGUACAAGUUACAGAAUGUGCAGAAGAAAACUGUUCCUCACAUCUAAGCGAGGUUUGAGAAUAGGUAACUACUAGUGACAAUAGAAACUUAAUGAAUUUUCUUACCAACAAUUUAUUGUAAAAUAUGUUAAAAUUAUUACGUUAAAUAUAGUUCAGAUUAGAUAUAGCAAAUCUCAAGUCUGCAUAAAAGUAUUUUAUAUAGUAAAAAUACAUGAAUAAAUUAAAAAAGUUUAGACCCAAAUAAUUGAGUCUGUACCUUGUAGUUGUUUGUGUCACUUUAGUUUAGCUUUAGUCGCGGAAACUUGGUGUAAAUUGAUAAUGUACUUUUAGGGACCCUCAAAGUACACGGAUAUUUUAUCUCUAGCAUGUUUUAAAAUAAAACUAUAAAAAUAUUU